CCCAGUCGGCCAUGGAGUUCAGUUUUGUUCCACAAGUCCUUUCCGUUCGAAAUUAGUGCUGACUGCAUCGAUCUAAAUUAGAUAAAAUCUAUUUUGUAAGAGUUCAAGCACAAAGAAAUGGAAAACGCGACAGAGAUUACACCCUCGAUCCCCAAUCAAACCAACGGAGAAGUGGAAAAAUCAAGCAACAAUGGAAAUCAAAACGAUGAAUCCAUCGUCACCGACAAGCGCGAGGACAAGUAUUACCAGGACGCGAAAAAGUAUUGGUCCACGAUUUCCCCCACAGUGGACGGGAUGCUCGGUGGUUUCGGAAGCAUUUCCUUCACGGACACUCGUGGAUCGGAUCAGUUCUUGAAGAACUUGUUCAAACUGAAGCCGGCACCCGGGCGAGUGCAGGCCUUGGAUUGUGGUGCCGGGAUCGGACGGGUCAGCAAGAACCUGCUGAUGAACUUGUUCGAACGGGUGGAUCUUGUGGAACAGGACGCACAAUUUUGCGCAACGGCCGAAAGUGAUCUGCGUCCUAGUGGAAAAUUGGGCACUGUGUACAACGUGGGGCUGCAGGAGUUCCGCCCGGAGGAUGGCCAGUACGACGUAAUUUGGUGCCAGUGGGUCCUGGGCCAUCUGACCGACGGCGAUAUUGUGGAGUUUUUCUUCCGUUGUACGAAGGCAUUGAAGAAGAACGGAAUGAUGGUGAUAAAGGAGAAUUUUACGAACACCGAUGCAGUUGAACUGGAUCGGCGCGAUUCGUCGGUGACAAGGCCGCUCCAUGUGAUGAAGCAGCUGCUGACGAAGGGCAACUUGCGAGUGGUGAAGGAGCUGAGGCAGAAGGACUUUCCGAAAGGUCUGUAUCCCGUACAUAUGAUUGCCUUGAGGCCGAUAAUAAAUAGCUGAAAGCACACCCGCUAUUGGA